UUGCACAAUUUGCUUGACACGUUCAACGAGGCACGACCAUGAAGGGAGCGUACCUUUUCGCAGUGUUAGUAGGCAUCAAAACCAUCUUGGCUGACACCCACGAAGGCGCCGCUGUCCGCUUCAACAAAGUUGACAACGAUGACGACUCGUUCGGCGAACUUCACGACAACGACUCGUUCGGCGAAAGGGACGAAAACGACUCGUUUGAAGAAGAUGACGAAAAUGACUCGUUCGGCGAAUUUAACCAUAAACGCUCGUUCGGUGGCGUUAUCGAUAACGACUCGUUUGGCGAAGGUGGCUACUACAGCAAGCCUUCGUAUGGUGGCAAGGCUACCUACAACAAGUACGGCAAGGGUGGGUACGGCAAAACGCCCAAAUCUUACAACGACAACGACCAUGACAAUGACUCGUACAGCAACAACAAACCCGGCUACGGCAAGAAGCCCGUAAACAAGCCUAGCUACAGCAAGAAGCCCGUGACAAAGCCUAGCUACAGAGAUGACGACUACAAGCCUGCCAAGGUCAACUAUGGCAAACCGAACAAGAAGCCCACCAAACCUGGCUAUGGCAACAUUCAUGGUGACGACUACGACGACGACGAUUACCACACGUACCCGUCCCCCGUGUACGAGCCGUGGACGGCCCACUACGCGAAGGACACUGAAAUCCCGUUCCCAUACACCUACUUCACGCAACCAGACGCUCCGACUAUCUUAAAGGUCCCCAAGUUGGGCGACUACCAUUGUUUCCUCACGGGCGCCCCCUGGACUUCAUGCGGUCGCAAGAGUUUGACCAAUUACUUUCUGGACCAAUGUUUGGCCUUGCACUUCACAUUGAGCGCCAACGUCGAUGGCAUUUGUGGCGGCGAACCCCCAAAGCCCACCCCCAAGCCCUCCGAGUACAAUGACGACUACUACGGGCCUGGCUACAAGAAGCACCCAAUAUCUGAACCGAUGGCCACCACCGCUCCCAAGCCCACCAAGAAGCCUGAAGAAGGCGGGUAUGGCACACCGGCGACGGCGGCCCCGUCGGAAGCACCCUACGAAAUUACGCCAGACUACUUGAAGGAAAAGUGCCUCCAGAGCGCGUACGUGUCGAUCACGACGGCGACUGUCAUGUGUUUGACGGAAAACUACAUCCGCAUCAACUUCAUCGAACACUACGCUGCCGACGCGUGCAACAACCCGGUCGAAGGCCCCACGUUGUACCUGCGCAAACUGCACGAUUUCAUCAAGGAAGUGAUCAAGUGUAACCCGACCGCCGGAGCCGACUACCCCAACCUGUACCGGUCAUUCGACGCGUCGGCCAACACUGGCUACAACCCGAACGCCCCGUUCUACGUGAGCCCGAGCGACAAGAAAACGGUCUACCUGCAAGACUACACGAGCGGCGAAGCGUCCGGCCUCGCGGCGUUUACGAUCGGCGACCGAUUUGCGUGCGCCAACCCGAACCACCUCAUCCCGUCCCCCACCUCCUCUGGCGCGUACUUGUACCUUAACAUCCCCAGUACGACGCACUACUGGACAGGCAUGAACGUGCCCGAUGGUGGUGCAGUGUUCAAUCCCAAGAACAAGUACUCCAACUUCAAGUCGAGCGCCGCUCUCGCAGCCCUCAAGGACCGCGCGUACCGCUAUUGCAAGAACGCGGACUACACGACGGACCGCACCCUCGUUGGUCUGUACGAUUCCGUCCACUACAUUGAGCGCGAUACGUCGGCGCUGCGCCGCCCGCAAUCGAUCGCCGAAAUCGCCGUCCGCAGCGCUGGGGUCCACGAACAGCCCAUCCUGGAAGGGUUUGGCAUUUUGUAUUACUGUGCGUUCCAUGCGUGCCGCGCCAACAACCACGGCGACCUGUCCAAGUGCUACCCGACCUUCAACUCGGACAAAGACUGGUCGUUGCCGCCUCGAACGCUCAAGGCGGAAUCGGACGCAGUCACCAAAUGCAUCGACGACGACUACUUGACGACAGAAGACAUCACGACCAACCAAUUCGUUCAAACGUACAACUACCUGCUCUCCAAGCGCAGCUACCUCUGCCUCGCCGAAAGCGAAAUCGUCGACUUCUUGACCCUCGUGUACCCGCAAUGGGCGACGGAAGACGACGCGAUCUCGCUCGUGUACGGCCGCCACUUGGCCGACGAACGCGCUGAAAUCGAGGGGGAAGACACAUGCCCGUCUACUCGAGACAUUUACAGCGUGCUCCACACCGCCCUCAACGACUUGAUUCGCCAGUGUGCCGACAACAAGGCAAAGGCUAUCAAGCACAAGAUCUACGGCAAGCCUCAGUACGGCAACCCGCAAUAUGGCGAUCCGUACGGCCGCCCUGCCAAGUAUGACGCGUAGGCGGACAGCCCCGUGGCACGUACACCUCCACUGACAGAGCCCACAAACUGGAGCUGCUGUUCCUUUCGUCAAGUGACAGUGGAGCGAGUUAUCAUCCCGUCUUGCUACGUUUUGGUAGUGUUAAUCGUUUUUAUAUCAAACUUCUAUGGAUUGGCAACAUGCCGUCCACGAUUCCCUCGCCACGGCCGCCGGGAGCCAUGCAUUCCACACGGCACAUUCCAUGUUGCGGC